AUGCAGCUCAGGCUUGCCGUCUUCGCCCUCCUCUGCGCCCCGCUCGCGGCCAUAUGGAUUGGCGAGGAAUACUGGACGGUGAUCGAUUAUCUGGGCAACAUCCGGGACGGGAAGACCACCGCCGACUUUUUAACGAUCCCGAAUGCCGAUGGAUCGGAGGCGCGCGGAUGGGUGGCGUACUGGAUAACGCGCACAAAGUACGGCUCGGGCCAUUAUGAAGCUUUUGGGCACGCGAUUCGACGGGCCGACGGAAGGGUGUGCGGCUACUUCGUGGGGCAGGACGACGAGGUGGUCGAGGUGUGCGGCGGAUUCCGCGUAUUGUCGCGCAGUCGCCAAGACGCGCAGCAGGGGACCACGUUCCGCUGGGUGUCGGGCCGCGAGACGAACUCGUACGACGCCGUCGGAUUCACGAAUCACAAGAUUGCCAGCUUCACGAAUGGCACUGGGACCUCAUACGGUGAUGGUCAACUCCCUGACCGUGGUGCCCGUCAAUUCAAGGGCGUCUUCCCCGAAAACUACGACGACAUCAUCAAGGCCGACGGCUACGAGUUCGACACCCGUGUUCAUUUCCUUCGCAAAUCCACCGCUGAACGUGGCCCCGAGCGGACUGGCGCGUACUUGGCAUCAGCCUACAGUGACCCGCACGUGCGACAUGCCGAGGGAUGGGCCGGACAUCCUGGACAAGAGCCUCGACAACCCGAGAAUCAUCAGCAGAAUGUGCCCAGUCGACCCGGAUGUACUCUAGUGAAGACACGAGAUGGAAACGUCUUUGAGGUGAGCUGCCCUCAGCAGCAGCCGGCUUCCGCCCAGGUCGAUCCGAACGACGCUCGACUGAAGGAUCCGCGCACCAACCCCAGCUACGAGUACUACGAUCCUAUGUUUGACCCCCGUUCAUCGUUGUAUGAUGGUCGAUACAACCCGUAUGAUUCGCAGUACGAUCCGGAAAUGGAUCGAAUGUGGAGGGCGGCCAAUAUUCGAUCCGACGGCCAGAAGCCGGCACCACCACGCGGCUACGACCCGCGCACCCAUCAACAACGACUACGCCCCAAUCCCCCGGCCGGUCGGGAGGUGGAGCGUCCCGUACGCGUGCUGCGACCAGGACCGGUCAUCCCAGCACCGGCUGGCAAUGGGCAACAAUCUCUGCCCGCCCACAUUCUCUCCCCGGGCGUCGAUCGUGGCCUCACGGUCGUCGACUAUCAAGGGAAUGUCUACCGGAAACAGCCCAAUAGCGACAACUUCGAACAGGAGGAUCGACGACCGUCAAUUGAUAUUGGUCGUGGCGCUGCCCCAAAUCAACCAGUUCAGCCAGAAAUCGGCGGUGGCUCCGAGCCAGAUCAACGUCCCGCGGCGCCACAACCCGAAGAGGAGAGACCUGAAAUGGGAGCUGGCGCAGGUCCGGCUGAGGUGAACGAGGUCCCGGAAAGCCAAGAAGCGACGCAGGACGAUGGAGUAGAAUUGCCGACCGACGGCAAUGAUGACGAUGACUAUUUGCUGGACAAAACGAGACCGUCCCUCCCCGAGGCGCCCGUCCUGCCAAGCGACGACGAAAAAGACAUCCAGCUCGAAGAAUCGAAAGAAGACGCA